GUUCUAGAUUUCUCCGAUUAGUAUAGCGUCGGAACUUUGACCGGAGAAAGAGAGAGAAAUGGGGAGGAGGAUUCUGAACGAUGCGUUGAGGACGAUUGUGAAUGCGGAGAGACGAGGAAAAGCCUCGGUGGAGCUCAAACCAAUCUCCACCGUUAUGUCUUCGUUCCUGAGAAUCAUGAAGGAGAAAGGUUAUAUCAAGAACUUUCAAGUCUAUGAUCCACAUAGAGUUGGUAGAAUAACAGUUGAUCUGCAAGGGAGGGUUAAUGACUGCAAAGCUCUUACCUAUAGGCAAGACGUUAGGGCAAAAGAGAUUGAGAAGUACACUGAACGCACUCUUCCAACACGUCAGUGGGGUUAUGUUGUAAUUACAACCCCGGAUGGAAUUUUGGACCAUGAAGAAGCAAUCAAACGGAAUGUGGGUGGUCAGGUUCUUGGCUUCUUUUACUGAAUAGGUUAAGGUAGCACUUGGCAAGAACCUUCUAGUGUCAAAGGAUUCAACAAAAGUUUGAAAUUCCGAUCCUUCUUCCUCCUGUUGCUUUUUGUUUUUGUAACUUGCAUUGUCUUUGAACAGAGUGGCAAUUAUUAGAUAAGGCAUUUGUUGCUAAAUUCAAAGAUCUUGUUGUUAUGACAACAUUUUAUUUAGUUUAUAUUUUGGACGAGAAAUUUGUUCUUCCAUAGC